AUGCUUAAAAGAAUAAAUGAUCAGAACUCUACCUACAAUCUUCAUGAUUGGCUAGAUUCAAGACUUGAGCAAGAGAAGCUACUGUCAAAAAUAUGCUAGUAUCCUCACUAAUUUUCUACUUAAAGGUCUAAGGUUAAUUUUUCUGAUGAUAGAUCUUAGAAAAUGAAGACAUAGUAUUCUAAUCUGUCUAAGCUAAAAAAUGUGGAGCAUAAAUCCGUUGAUCCAUCGAAUGGUGAAGAUAGAGAAGACAGCUACAUGAUUUUACCCUUGAUUAACUAAACACGCUUAAGAACUAUAGAUCCAGAGCCAGAUGUAGAUCGUUACUCACUCUUGAACGAUACAAAUUCUAUUGAAAGGUCAGAAUCAGAUGCGAGAUUACUUGAUCAAGCUAAAUUGAAAUUUACUAAAAAAUAAAGACCAAUGAAAGUAUCUGGGAGGAAGCUUAUUGAUGAUGAUAGAAAGGUGUUGUGGAAAUAAAAUAAAAAAAUAGCUGAUGAUGAAUUUGAGAGUACAAUAGAAAUCUCUAAAGCUAAAAAUAAAUUCUAUGUGGUUCAGUUUAUUCCAGAGUUCAAUAAAUACAAUGUAAUAGAAAUGUUCAAGAUUCAAGGUAAAAAGCUAAUGAAUGCAUGCUAAAACUCUUAUGAGAAGCUAAUGGAUUUACUGUAGUACAAGUAUGAUAAGUUGGUGAUAUCAGACUUUUAUGACCUACUUUUAAGCAACGAAUACCAAGGCAGCACCAAUAUUUCUCUUAAUCCCCUUAAUGAUGUAAAAGUAUUAAAAUUGUCCAACAUGAAGCAAUCAAGGCCGAAGAUAAAUUCGUCAUUAGAAUUUGUAUCUAAUAACUCAAGCACUGCCAAUAAUUCACCUAAGAAUGAUCAAGAGCAGAGCAUACUCCCAAAUAAAUUGCCUUAAUCUAAAAAGUUCAUAAAUGUCACAACAAUAAAAAAGCCAGUAUUUCCUAAAAAUGCAAAAUCUAUAGAUAUAUCAAGAGAAUUAGAAAAGUCCGAUAUCAUUCAGGUAAAACUGAAGGUGCCAGACUUUGAAUUUAUCGAUAGUAUUUCUCCGGAUCAGUUCCUACCACCUGUAUCAAAGUUAAUGAAUAAUAGCUUUGUUGUUGAAAGUUAAAGAUAUGGAAACAUGCUUACCAAAAACAUUGCAAAAGAUAACACUUUAGUGCUUACGUCUGUACGAGAAGAAGAAAUCACAGACUAAGAAGAUUCAAUGAGUUUGAAUUAUUAUGACACUGCAGGAAGAAAUACUAAUGAUACUCAACAAAAUGCUUAAGGAUAAGUAAGCGGAUCUUAAUUGCUAAAGGACCCGAGACAUUCAAGUGAAUAUAGCUUCUAUGCAGACUAAGAUGAUUCGAAAGAAACACUAUGA